CGAACAUCAGUUGUUGCUGAGAACUUGUAUCCAACAUGAAAUUCUUGAUUGUCCUUGCCGUAGCGAUGGUGGCGGUCUCCGCCGAGGAGAAGAAGACGGAGAAGCGUGGCCUGUCUGGUCUCGGCUACGGUGGUCUCGGCUACAGUGGCGUCGGCUACGACGGCCUCGGCUACGGCGGCUAUGGCGGACUCGGCUACGGCGGACUUGGCUAUGCUGGUGCACCAGUAGCGGUUAGCAAGGUUGCGUACACCACCGCCCACGGCGGAUACGGCGGCUACGGCGGAUACGGCGGAUACAGCGGCCUCGGCGGAUACGGCGGUCUUGGCGGAUACUCAGGCCUUGGCGGUUACGGUCUUGGCUACGGUCAUGGCGGUUACUACAGCGCCCCCGCUGUCAGCUACGCUAACCAGGUCGCGUACGGCGGAUACGGCGGAUACGGACACGGUCUUGGCGGAUACGGCGGACACGGCGUCGGAUACGGCGGUCUUGGAUACUACGGACAUCACUAAACCUCGCGCACGACGAAAUGUUCAAAUUUUUUGAUUAUUUUUUUCAACUUAUACUUUUUAAUACUCGACGCAAUCGACUUUGGGGUUUAACACCAAAGUUUUUAAUCUGUGAUCAAAUAUUGGAAUAUUUUUUGUUGUUUCAUAACUUUAUUUUGUGUUAAUGGGGAAGUUAAACCCUUUGUCUAUUGAUUGAAUAUAAUUUGGGCAUUAACGCCCGUAUUAUACAACGAAAUAUAUGCGAGUCUUUGUAAAUAUCUAAAUAAAAUAAUAUAAAAUCA